CUAAGACUAACAACUCCAAACGAGUCCUUGUAAGACAUGGCUGCUAGCCAACAUUUGGAUUUGAGCGCACUUUCCAAGAUAUUAUAUAUUAUAUUGAUCGCACAUGGAGAAACACUGACUUGUGACCAUGGUCACAGUCUUAAAUAUCUCUCUCACGAUCCAUAUGGUAACCAGAUGUGCCAGAAGUGCAGUAAGUGUCCACCGGGGUCGGGGGUCAGUGUCGAGUGUCAGGGGUCACAUGACACCGUAUGUGAACGUUGCCCAGAAGGCACCUAUUCCGGUACGUGGAGCGCUACAAGGAUAUGCUUACCUUGUACGAUGUGUAGCCCACACCAACGGACCAUUAGAGAAUGCACCAGUACAAGGAAUGCAAAAUGUGUCAAGAAUUGUGACGUAGGUUUUUAUCUUAACACAUUAAGUGACGACUGUGAAAUGUGUUCGUGGUGUUUUCCUGAUCGCCCUGAAUUGUUCACGCCUAGAUUAGACGAUUGCAUGAGAUCGGAGAUACCGGAGGAUUACCAAUGUAUGCGAAAUGUGUAUGAACAUCGUCCGUUUGUGAUGUCUUCGAGGAAUGAAAGCACGCUGCCUGUCACCAAUCAAGAGAAUUCGGGAGAUGGUGAAUUAACAGGUGCUGUGGACGACAGGAAAAAAUAUUUUUUAAAACAGAAAUUUCCGCUUCGCAGUACUAUAUUUAUGACUAGCACAGAGGUUGAACAAAGUGACCGCGAUCCCAUUGAAAGUAAUAAUGGAUCACAUAUUGGAACGCCGACUCAAAUUAAUGCCAUCAUGAUGCAAACCGGAAACUUGGAGAGUGGAGUCCACAUCACAUCGGCUCAAACUACUAUAACUGUUGUAGUGGUUGUGGUAAUUGCAAUUAGUACUGUUGUCGUUGCAAUACUAGUAAUUUCUUAUAGUCGGCAUACGAAACAAUCCAAUGAGAAAGAAACACUUUUGGGAUAUAAUUUAGCCGAGCGUGGUGAUGUGAGGUCGUCACACGAAUGUGGCAUGGACGCACACCCCGAGAGCUUGGACCACGAUGACCAAAGAAAAAGCAACAACGAGGACAAAUGUGUUUCUGCCGAGAAAAAUGAAAAGCACUACGUGCUGGGAAAACAUGAUGACAUCCAACGCCUCCAAGGUAGUGGGCAUUCGUAUGGUGGGUUAGAUGAUACGAUAAUCGUAGACUGUGAAUUAAAUGCGAUUCUUGAUGAAAACCAACGUGUACGUGCUGCAGAUUUGAUUGAGAGGAAGUCUCCUAUCGAAAGGGUAGUACAAAUCAACCAACUGUCUGGGGGUUCACGUAGAGAUAGUCGAUCACGUGAUGGUAGAUAUGAACAAGAUAUUGAUGACCAAAUGUGCAGUUUAGAUGAACAUAUUAUGUUAUCUGAAGAGUUGGUAUUUUCUGAUAGCGGAACCAGAGUCUAAAAUUCAAUCAUGUGUUACACAUAAGGCUAUAAUAUUAUUCCCCCACACAAAUAAACAAGAAUAUGAAUCUCACGCGCAACGUAAUCCGUGAAGUGCCUAUGCUAAAUAUUGCACUUCUAUUUCUAUGUUGAUGAACGGCAACCCAAACUGAUGUAUUG